AUGCUAAACGAAGAUCCAAAGAUUUAACAACUCUAUUCUAGUUUGUAAUUUUGUAUAAAAUCACUUGACCAGAUAUUAUCAACGAAAUAGAUGCCUCCUUUAUAGAUAAGCACUGCUGAAAAAAUAAUUAUUAAGCAAGAAAGUGUUGAAAUUUCUGAGGAUAUCCAAAAACUUACUAAAGAAUUAGAAACCAUCAAAGUAUAACAUGAAUCAAUGAUGUUUAAAAUAAUGAAGCUCAGAAAAAAAUUAGCCAGUUUACAAAUUAAGUAUUCUGAACUUGAUGAAGAAUUUUAAGCCUAAACAGAGCUUCUUAGAUAAUAUAAAAUUACCAAAAUAAAUCCAAAAUACAUAGAACUUCCCAGAGAAGAGAUAAAUCUUUACAAAUCCGUUAAAACUUAUAUAAACUUGAAUUAGUCCAAGUUUUCGUUAUACUUAAAAUCUCUCUUGCAUGAGAACAAAGAUUAAAAAUUCAUAAAUUUAGAUCAAUUAUUAAACUCAAUUCAAGAUUACUAUAAAAACUAAUAAAUGUAUCUGAAACCGAAAUUUAGUUUGAAUAGUGUGGAGAGAGUUCGCUUACCAAGUUUGGAAAUUAGAUAUUUAACUAAUAGAAAAAUAAAGGAUUAUACCCAAAACAACAGUGUCAACUUUGAUUAGGAUUCUAAAUCGCUAUCAUUUGCUAUAUGA